AUGGAUAUCCUUAACCAAAAUGAAUCAUCAGAAACUUGUCCUCAACAAUGUUGUUGCACAACCUCAAUUUUCACCUCACCAAAUUCCCAAACCACAAAAUCACCAAAACACAGAAACAGUUCAUCAGAAUGUCGUCACACUUUUGCAUCCUCAACAACAUCCUUAAUCUUUCCAAACACUCAUUUCACCAACCAUGAAUCUCUUCCAUCUCUUCAAGAAUCAUUCAUUGAAUUCAACAAGGUUUAUCCUCAAUACUCCGAGACAGAACAGGUUGAUCAUGUAAGAGCUAAGGAAUAUUCUCAUCUUUCUUUUUCUAAUCAUACUUGUCUUGAUUAUAUCGGUAUUGGUCUUUUCUCUUACUCUCAAAUGCAACAUCAUGUUCUUGAUUCGUCGAAAACCAAACUUUCGGUUCAUCAAAAGACACAAGAUUAUUCACCUCGGUUUACUGAUAUGCAUAUGCCUUUCUUUAGUAUCUCCUGCAAAACUGGAUUUUUGAAGACUUUGCUUCUUCAUGGUGGAAAAGAUUCCGAAUUCGAGUCUGCAAUGAGAAAAAGAAUCAUGAAUUACCUUAAUAUAUCGGAAAAUGAUUACUACAUGGUUUUUACAGCUAAUAGAACAUCAGCUUUCAAACUUGUAGCAGAUUGUUAUAAUUUCCAAAAGAGUAGAAAGCUUUUAACAGUUUAUGACCACGAGAGUGAAGCGAUUGAAGCAAUGAUUAGUUCGUCGGAGAAACGAGGAGCGAAAACUAUGUCUGCUGAGUUUUCAUGGCCAAGGCUAAGAAUUCAAUCAACAAAGUUGAGGAAAAUGCUUGUGAGAAAAAGAAAGAAUAAGAAGAACAAGAAGGGUCUUUUUGUUUUGCCGCUUCAUUCGAGAGUAACGGGAUCGAGGUAUCCUUAUAUAUGGAUUAGUAUAGCACAAGAGAAUGGUUGGAAUGUUUUGGUUGAUGCUUGUGCAUUAGGAUCAAAGGACAUGGAUUGUUUUGGUCUUUCGCUUUUUCAGCCUGAUUUUCUUAUCUGUUCUUGUUAUAAAGUUUUCGGCGAAAACCCUUCUGGAUUCGGUUGCCUUUUCAUCAAGAAAACUUCCAUUUUCAUGUUGGAAACAAAUUCGUCUGUCGGAAUAGUAAAUCUUGUACCAGAAAAAAAUCGACAAGAAGAAGAACCAUUUUAUUUGACAUCUUUAUCUGCAAAAUUUGAGAAAGGUGAAGCAUCUGAAAUUAAGAUCAUAGAUCCACAUGAAGAGUCAAAACCAUCACAAAGGUUCGAAAUCGAAGAAGUGGAUGAUAAGAAAGUUGAAAUCCUUCAACAUGGUGUUAAAGAAAGUGAAAAAAACGAAAACUUUGAUAUUGAAUGCAAGUGUUUAGACCAAGUUGAUUCUUUAGGAUUGAUAUUGAUUAACGAUCGGGCGAGGUAUUUGAUUAACUGGUUGGUGAAUUCGAUGUCAAAGCUUAAGCAUCCUAACACAGAAGGUGUUCCUCUAGUGAAGAUUUACGGUCCAAAAGUUAAAUUCGAUAGAGGGCCUGCAAUUGCGUUCAAUGUAUUUGAUUGGAAAGGCGAAAAAGUUGAACCUGUUCUUAUUCAAAAGCUUGCUGAUAGAAGCAGUAUUUCGAUUAGCUUUGGAUUGUUGCAUCAUAUAUGGUUUGCGGAUAAGUAUGGAGAUGAAAAGGGGAGGGUUCUAAAGGAUAAAAAGAAGAAAGAUGAAGAAAAAGAUGGAAUAAGUGUUGUUACUGCUGCAUUGGGCUUUUUGGCGAACUUUGAAGAUGUGUAUAAGCUUUGGUGUUUUGUUGCUAGGUUUCUUGAUGCAGAUUUUGUUGAGAAGGAGAGGUGGAGAUAUACUGCUCUCAAUCAGAAAACAGUUGAAGUUUAA